AAAAAAAAUUUAAAAUAAAAUGACCCACAAAAAAUCAGUCCCAGAAAGAAAGCACGGUAGGAGCAGCAGAAGCAUCAGGUUGGCAUUUAUUAUGGUGGGUUAUUCCCUGGCCACUCAUUGCCUUCCCUGCUACGUUAUAAGACUAACGUCUUCCUGCCUUUUGGCUGAAGUCAGAACUGCUAUUUUACCACCGUGUCUUGGAACAGGGGAUGGGACGGCUGAGGGCACUCUCCACCGCCUCAAGUGUAUAAUGAACCCACACGAUCGAGAUGAGAAUUCAGUCUUUCCUUCAUCAAAUUCGCCUUCCUCUUCCCCCCCUGAGAACCAGUCUUCUGAAGUUGUCCCGCUCUCGAUGGUCUCUCCUUUCGUAGACUUGGAAUCUCGCCAGCAUCUUCAAGAAAUUGUACCAGGUAUCUUAAGCGGAGGAACUAUUACGACCGAGGCUGCCCGGAGUUUUCCUGGGAUGCCUCAGCCUAUGGAGUGUCUGCAGGGGACUCCAGUACCGCCAUUUCUCUCCAAGACCUUUGAUCUUGUGGAUGACCCCGCUUUGGACUCCAUAAUCUCGUGGGGAGCCAGUGGACAGAGCUUCGUUGUGUGGGACCCCGUGGAGUUUGCCAGGAGAAUAUUGCCCAGGAACUUCAAGCACAAUAAUUUUUCCAGCUUUGUUCGCCAACUAAAUACUUAUGGGUUUCGCAAGAUUGAUGCUGACAAAUGGGAGUUUGCAAGUGAGAGUUUCUUAAGAGGGAAAAGGCAUCUGCUGAAGAACAUUCAGAGGCGCAAAUCGCCUCACUCCCAUCAACUUGGUGGCUCCUCUGGAUCAACUGGUGAAGCAGGCAAAAUUGUAUUGGAAGGGGAGGUAGAAAAAUUAAGGAAAGAAAGGAGCUUAAUGAUGCAAGAAGUCUUUGAAUUGCAGGAACAGCAGCUUGGAACAAUCCAGCAUGUGGAGGCAGUUAAUGAAAAACUCCAGGCAGCAGAGCGUAGGCAGAAGUUGAUGGUCUCAUUUAUGGCUAAGCUAUUUCAAAAUCCAGAUAUCUUGGAUCGCCUGAAGCAAAUAAAGGAGCAAAAACAAAUUACUUCUUCAAGAACAAUGAGAAAGUUUCUGAAACAUCAGCCACAUGAACCAGGUAAAGCUGAAUCAUUUCUGGAACGGCAGAUUGUGAAGUAUAGAACCAAUUUUCGUGAUCUGGCCACACCAUCUGCUGCCCCUGAAUUCGAUCCAGGUGCAGUAGAACAACUUCCCGAAUUUACUUUACAAGAACCAAGUGGAGGGGGAUUUUCUAGUCAGGGAACCGAAGAUACACUGCUCAAGUGGAAAACUGUAGUUCCACCAGAGGUGAUUCCUGAGUAUUUUGUUACUUCUCCUGAUGACUCGGCAAAGGAGAAGAACUUCCCUGAAUACUCAUCACUGGAUAUCGAAAGUAUGCUCAAAGAACAGGGACCAUGGAGCAUGGAUUUUGAAGCUGGUGCUGGUGUUUCUUCUUCCAGCAAUGAGAUAUGGGGUAAUGCUGUGAACUAUGAGAUUCCAGAGCUAAUGGUUAGCAGUGGAUUGUCAGAUAUCUGGAAUUUAGGUUCUCUACCAGCAGCCGGAAGUUCAGGUGCUGAGAAGUGGCCAGAUGAUGAAUUUCCUUUCUCAAAGCUUGACGAUCAAGUCGGCCAGCAUAAAGAUGAAAGUUCUAACUUCUAAGAAACUAGAUCCAUAGGUUUCUUUAACGGCCUCUUGGGCCGACUUAUAGUUGAUUCUCGGAAAUUCAAUAUUGGACAAUUUAUUACAUAUUUGUUUGAUUGACUAUCAUGGAGAACUUUUUUUUCUUAACUGCUCCAUCAAUUUUUUUUUUUUAAACUUUUAACAGCUGAUUUUGUAGAAUUCAUUUCCGCAUUCGAUUGAAUGUGCACGUCUAGAUAGUAUGAUGAUAUGCUCAACCAUCCUUUCCUGCUAAUAAAUACUUGCAAGCUUGUGAUUUUGCAGGUUCACAGCAGUACGAGACAGGUCGCAGUGUAGCAGCCACUUUUUGAGGGUUUGUUGGAAUGUCUUCUGCUGCUUUGUCAAGCACUGGGAGGUAAGAUACCUUCAUGAGAAGCAAUUUGUUCUCCUAAUUUGGUUCAAUGUUGUUUUAUCUUGUGUUGAGGAUGUGCUCGAUCACGCUGACAGUUGAAUGCGGAUGCUAUUUCUUCUGUUCUUGCACUCGGUUAGUGUUUGUCCGUGGAUUAUACACUCGCUCAGUUUUACUUCGAGGAGGCCAUGUACAAAUUUGCUUUUUGCCCUGAGUUCUGUGGCAAAUACACCAAGAUGCUCAUUCAUUCUGCAGUUACACUUCCGUCUCGGAGAAGAACUGUGUAAAGUGUUUAUUAAAAUCCUAACAUCCCUCUUCAUUUGUCUAUUUUCUUGAAUUUUUUGUUUUUGGAAUGUGGCUUUGCUGGG